CCCUGGCUACCCUAGCUUAUCACAAGCAAGACCACCAAGUGAUGUCUGAGAACUGAAAACCGACCGCCGAAAGACCCAUGUCAAAAAAAUACAAGUGGCCCCUAAAUAACUAGCAGGAACUUCUUUGUCUGACCUAACACUGUAGUGUCUGUAAGGCUGCUCUGUCCUGGCUCAGCCGCAUUGAUCCGAAAACCUGGAGGUGGGCCUGGGCCACCUCAAACCCUUUUGAACUUGGAUCCCUCAGCAGCUUUGGCUGCUGCCCUGUGAAAAGACGCAGGGGGCAGGUGAAGCCCAGAGAGGGAAGGGAACCUGCUCCAGGCCACACAGGAAUUGGGUCUUGAGCCUCCUCGGCCAUGGCCUUGCCCCUCUCCAUCCAGGACAGUGGUCCUUGUAGGGCUGUGGGCCACCCCUCCUUUUUGGAGCCAGGAAGGGUGAAUCCCCACUCCCCACCAGCGUCUGGCUUCACCCCAGACCUGGGCACUGCAAGGCUGGGAAUGAGGACAGAGGCUGGACAGUGGUGCCAGCGAGGGCACUGCCCUGUCCCUCUUGGCCUGGCCCCUCGGCUCCACAGGGUGUGCCCAGGGCUACGAGGCACCGGCACAGCGAGGGUUACAGCUGGGGCCCCUCCCAGUCUCCUGAGCCACCAUCCCUAAGCAACAGUCCUGCUGGGCGGGACGUGUUGCCAGCGCUGGGCAAAGCAGGCCGGGGCCAGAGGAGUGGCUGGCUGGCCUCCAGGACGGACGCGGGGCAGCUCUCUCCCAUCCAGCUACCCAGACGGCCCUGACCCAGCAUGGAUGCCGUGGACGCCACUGUGGAGAAGCUCCGGGCACAGUGCCUGUCCCGAGGGGCCUCAGGCAUCCAGGGCCUGGCCAGGUUUUUCCGCCGCCUGGACCGGGACAAGAGCCGCUCCAUGGACUCGGGGGAGCUGCAGCGGGGCCUGGCUGAGCUGGGGCUGGUGCUGGACGCGGCCGAGGCGGAGGGUGUGUGCCGGCGCUGGGACCGCGACGGCAGUGGGACGCUGGACCUGGAGGAGUUCCUGAGGGCACUGCGGCCCCCCAUGUCCCAGGCCCGGGAGGCGGUCAUCGCAGCCGCGUUCGCCAAGCUGGACCGCAGCGGGGACGGUGUGGUGACAGUGGAUGAUCUCCGGGGGGUCUACAGUGGCCGCGCCCACCCCAAGGUGCGGAGCGGGGAGUGGACCGAGGAGGAGGUCCUCCGCCGCUUCCUGGACAACUUCGACUCCUCCGAGAAGGACGGGCAGGUCACUCUGGCCGAAUUCCAGGACUACUAAAGCGGCGUGAGCGCCUCCAUGGACACGGACGAGGAGUUUGUGGCCAUGAUGACCAGCGCCUGGCAGCUGUGAGCAGCGCAACGCAUAUUCAGCCAGCACCACUGUGGUGUAGGACCCCCACCCUGGCACCCCUGAGCCCGGGCUUCCAGCUGGGCAGCCCCCGGGGUGGGGGGCUACAGGGGAACGUGGGAAGAUUGAGGCUGUGGGACCGGCCGGACCAGGUCUCAGAGGACCCAGCUUGGCCAUCAGGUGCAAGUAGGACAAAGAUUCCAAGGAUGGGUCACUGGCUCAGAACCCCAGGAACAGGGCCCUCCCUGUCCCUGUUCCUGCCAUCUGGACUCAGGUCUCACAGAGCCCCUGCAGGUGCCCCCCACCCCGCUUCCUCCUGUUUCUGCUGUGACCCCUCAGCCCUGCCAGCAGCCCGCUGCCCUUGCGCGUGCCCCCCACCCCGCCCCCACCGCGGGAAGCCAGACGGCCGGGGACAAAGCAAAGCUCUGCAUGGAGGCGGCCAGUCUUGGAAGGCAGCCAAGUGUGGUCACCUGCCCAGACGCAGAGUCGGGCAGGGGCCAGGCUGCCCUGGGGGCCGGAGGCUGUCCUUGGCCAGGCUGUCUGGCUUCCUGAGGCCCCUGGGGCAUGCAGGAGGCCAGGGUUUUAGUUAAAAGUUUUAAUGUAGUUCCCAAAUACAUUUCAUAUGACAAUCUUACAUAAAUGUUCCAAAACACA